AGUUUGCGGGCAACGUACGGCGCGAAGAGAUCUCAAUAAUACAAUAUUUAUUCUUAUUGCAAUAUUGCAGUAUUGAAUAUUGAAUAUUGAAUAUUGAGCAAACGUUGACUCUCUUUUGAGCGCGUGCUCUCUCUCGCUCUCUCUUUCUGACUUGUGUGAUAAGCGGCGACAUCUUAUCUGAUGUCUUAUCGCUUUCGCGUGCUUCGCUCACUCUCACUCUCGCUUUCCCGCUCGCACGCAUGCCAGAGCCACUUUGCUCUCACGCGUCACUGUUCGGCUGGGCUGCGAAUAAUACGCACCGUUAAAGCACACAGCUGCGUGCAAAACUUGCAAGUUUAGGAAGUGGACGCAGUAGCAGCGCAGCAAACGCAGCAGACGCAGAAGCAGCAAAAAGAGAAAACAACAACAAGAACAACAACGCAUGUCAAAGCUCAAAGCGCAGCUUGCGCUCAAGCAACGUCGUCCAUUAUGCAAAGGCGCCGCAAUAACAACGGAAAAUAAACAAGAACAAAAACAAGAACAACAAAGCGCCAAUGCAAAAAGCAAUUGAAACAAUGUGCAAAUAAAGUGCUUUAAAACAAUAAAAAAAUAAAAAUAAAUGAAAACACAAAUAAAAUAAAUGAAACGCAUCACUGCUUACAAAACCAACGAUAAACUAUAACAAACAAGCAGUGUUCCAACAGCAACCAUCACACAUACCACACAUACAUACACUCCCGCACACUCUCACACAUACACCCGCACAAUGGCAAGAGAUAGGCUGCCGGAGCUUUUGCAGCGUUCGCUGAGCGCCAACUCAACGUCAUCGUCCUCAAACGGUUCGUUGCUGCUCAGUGUUUACAACGCCACCACCGAGUCCUUGAACAACAUCAGCAACAACAGCAACAACAACAACAACAAUAACAACAGUGGAGACAACAACAAGGAUCGCGACAAAAUGGCGCAACAUGGAACCAAUGUGGAUGCCAUUCUGAAUCCAUACUCGGAAAUUCGGUAUCAACUAGCUCAGAUCGCUGCGAAUUUGGAGGCAAUGAAUCGCAUGUCGCAGACAAUUCAUCUGCGCACCUUUUGCGAGAAUGAAAUGGAUGAGCUGCACAACAAGAAUCUGCGCUUGGGAAACCAGCUAAUGACUCGCUUCAAGGAGUUCAAGGCAAAUCUGCCGCCAGAAACGGAUUACAGUCUGGAGGCGAGAAUGAAACGUACGCUCUUCUAUGGACUCUAUCAGACCUACAUUAAUCUCUGGCAGAAGAACGAACUGUUCUUGCAAAACUAUGAGACAAAGGUUAAAAAGAACCUGCGAAUGCAUUCCAAGAUCAUCAAUUCAGAAGCCAGUGAACAGGAGAUUGAGCUGCUGAUAGAAAACAAAACCACAAAACUCUUUGUGGACAAUAUCCUGCAAGAAACGGAAAUGGAACGACAAACGUUGAGGGAUCUCAUGGAUCGCUUCAACGAGCUAAAGAAGCUAGAGAAGUCCAUUGAGGAUGUGCACGCUCUGUUUAUGCGCAUCCAAACGCUCGUCAUGGAACAGAGCGAGACGAUACAACGCGUCGAGUUCCAUGCGAAUCAGGCGACGCUCUAUACGGACAAGGGAGCUACUGAGCUGGAUCAGGCCAAAGAAUAUAAAAAGAAGGCGCGAAGGCAUUUUUGGUAAUAACGCUCAAUGUUU